UGGUCUUGAGGAAUAAUAACACACUACUAGGGGAAAAGAGAGAGGAGUCUUUUCUCCAAUCCCCAAAACGCAGGAAAACAAUGUCGUUUACCAGCUCCCACCUCCUUCCUCCGCAAGAAGACCUUCCUCUCCGACACUUCUCCGAUCAAUCCCACCAACACCCGCAGCCUCACUUCUCCGAAACACCGUCCCUCCUCACCGCCAGCUUCCUCAACCUCCCUCCCGCCGCAGCCACGGCGGAUUCCGAUUUCGCGCCUCCGAAUCGCGGCGGAGACAGCUCCUCCGCCGCUGCUACUAACCGACGGUGGCUCUCCUUCGACUCCUCCGAGAUCCAAAACACCGGGGAAGGCCGCCCUGAAGUCAUCGACGGAGUCAACGCCGACGGAGGAGGCGAGGAUUGGAAGAGCGCGAGCUGCAAGGCUGCGAUUGUGAGGCAUCCGAUGUUCGAGCAGCUCCUGGCGGCUCACGUGGCUUGCCUUAGGGUCGCGACUCCCGUUGACCAGAUUCCGAGGAUCGAUGCGCAGCUCGGCGAGUUGCACGCCGUCGCCGCGAAGUACUCCACUCUUGGUGUGGUUUUGGAUAACAAGGAGCUUGAUCAUUUCAUGUCACAUUAUGUUGUUCUCUUAUGUUCGUUUAAAGAGCAACUCCAACACCACGUUUGUGUCCACGCAAUGGAAGCUAUUACGGCUUGUUGGGAGAUUGAGCAGUCACUGCAAUCCAUAACGGGUGUUUCACCAAGUGAAAAUAAUGGCAAGACAAUGUCGGAUGAUGAAGAUGAUAAUCAAGUAGAGAGCGAGGUGAACAUGUUUGAUGGAAGCAUGGACGGUUCAGAUUGCAUGAUGGGAUUCGGUCCACUUGUUCCAACAGAGCGGGAGAGAUCUUUGCUGGAACGUGUGAAGAAGGAACUGAAGCAUGAGCUUAAACAGGGUUUCAAAGAGAAGAUUGUGGACAUAAGAGAAGAGAUAAUGAGGAAGAGAAGGGCAGGAAAGUUGCCGGGAGAUACAACAUCUGUACUCAAAGAGUGGUGGCGAACUCACGCCAAAUGGCCAUACCCAACUGAGGAAGAUAAGGCAAAACUGGUUCAAGAAACCGGUUUGCAGCUGAAGCAGAUUAACAAUUGGUUUAUCAACCAGAGGAAAAGAAACUGGAACAGCAACUCUUCCACAUCAUCUACUCCCUCCAAGAACAAACGUAAACGGACCGGGAAGUCGUAGGUGACAUUCGUGGCUGACCAGAUGAUGAUGAUACUUGCCACGUGAAUCCAAGGGAACCGGAUAUAUAAGACAUGGUUACAAGAUGUAUAGGUGUUACCGGUUUGCUUAUAAAAACCGGAUUGUGGAGCUGUACUCCUGUUUGUAUCGGCUUGAAAUCUAUGUUUAUGUGUAUAUAAAGUAGUUCUUGGAAGUUAACUUUUUUGUUUGUUUAUGGCGUCUUGUAUUGAACGCUUGGUUGGGUGUGGGUUCUUUUGUUUGUAAAUUGCUAUGGUUCAUUAGUAUCAAACACUA